AUUUGAUUCACGUUGUUCGCCUUUUGAAGUGCCUUCUUGUUACAACGACUGCCUUUUCUGUUGCAACAUCAACCACGUUCUCUACUUCCCCUCUCACCUCUCUUUACCUCCGCCAUUUCUUCACUCUCUCAUUCAUGUCAACACUAUGACCAAGUCUACAUCACUGCCGCCCAAUGCCCCCACGACCAAUGGCACUGUUCCGUCUGUUACUGGUCGUGGAGAAGUCGAUGUAAUGCCAGUUUCCCAAUCUUCCCCGCUCUCACCAUCAACUGGUGUCUUAUCCUCGUCCUCCCACACGUUACAAGAUGUCUGUGCCAGUCUGCAUGCACAAGUCACUGCCUUCUUGUCGUCCCCGCCUCCAGACGACAUCACUCGAACCACUCAAGAGCAAACGCGAGUGGCCUGGCAGGUCAUUGAAGAGGCCUUGGAUCGAUACUCGUAAGAAAGCGAUUCUCCCUGCGCCCUGGCCCCCUCCCUCCCCCACCAAGAUCAUGUGUAACAUAUUCUGUCGCCCUGUCUUACACCUCUCUUUUAGAUUUCAGCAUGUCUCUCUAUCUUAUAACGGCGGGAAAGAUUGUCUCGUACUGUUGAUCAUAUAUCUGGCCGUUCUACAUUCUCACUACACCCGACCAUCCUCCAGCCCUCAGACAAAGAAAUCCGAUUCAUUUCCACAAACAAUUCCCUCCAUAUACGCCAAACCACCAGACCCAUUUCCCUCGGUCUCCUCCUUUGUCGACUACUCGUCGCGUCUCUAUCAUCUAGACCUCACACAUAUCUCCACCAAUCCAGGACCUCACAAAAAACACCGCUCCCACUCCAACCCACCACUCACUACACCACCACCCAAACUCGACCCCUCGACGACGACUUCUCACGAGAUUCCCGCCCCAACACAGCCAAAGCCCACCAUCUCAUUCCGCGACGCCUUUGCCCUUUAUCUUGACUCCCAUCCCUCCGUCCGCGCCAUCUUUGUCGGUACUCGGCGCACCGACCCGCAUGGAGGCCAUCUCACACAUUUCGAUCCGACCGACCACAAUUGGCCCUCGUUUAUGCGCAUUCACCCGGUCAUUGAUUGGCAUUUGUCGGAGAUCUGGUGUUUCUUACGCUCUCCGUGUCUCAAGGACCUCGAGGAUGGAUCUCCGUUGAAGUAUUGCGCCAUGUACGAUCAGGGAUAUACCAGUUUGGGCGGAGUCAAUGAUACGCUGCGGAACCCGGAAUUGAAGUAUAUAGAUGCGAAUGGGUCGGAGAAGUACCGUCCCGCUCAUGAGAUGACUUGGGAUGAGGGCGAGAGGUUGGGCAGAGAAUAAGCUGCGCCCACCAUCCCAUGACUCCGUCUCCGGGGUAAUACAAGCCAGCUCCUUUUGAUUAGGAUGGCUGGGCAAGACGAAGACAAAAAGACCAAGCUCAAGCCGGCAAAUGCGAUCAUGGAUUGUUCUCAACGCCAAAUUCGCGUAUUUCGCUCGCAUUCAUCGCUGCACGCGAAAUUAACUGAGCGAGGUAGAGCUGGGUCAGGGCUCGGAACUGUCACCGUCACACAAGUCCCUCAGCAGAAAUUUGACAGGAUGGAUAUCUAUACCAGUUCACUGUAUAGACAUAUGCUCCCAUAUAUCAUAUCAUCUACUGUCAGGGUCGACCUGUCGUCAUGAUCACGCCAGGCUAUAUUCAUCAAAUAUCAUCAUACCAUCAUAUUCCCAUAUUUUACAUGCUUAUCAAGGAAGAGGUAAUCGUGAUAAGCGAAAGAA